UAAAAACAAGUGCGCUGAUGUGGAUGUCGAAGCUGGCAACAUGCCGCCACCUUCGGAGUUCCUCAAGAGAACAGCUCAACUGCAGCCUCCAACUCGUCGCCUCACACGCGCGCAACUUCGCGAGCUCAUCCGACGGCUUUCGAUGCCAAAAUUGCGGCCAGUCUUUCGUGAAGUGGCAGGGCCAGUGCUCAGCCUGCUCGCACUGGGGCUCCGUAGAGUCCUCCAAGCCUUCCGAGCCGCUGUUCCGGCAGUCGAACGCCGCAUCCUUUACUAAGAACAGACCAAAGCGCUCGGUGGCCUGGUCGAGAACGAGCCACGAGACUUUUGAGGAGAAUCCUCCCCGUGCUCUUCGCAUGAACGAGGUCGAGCUGGACACAUUUGUAGAGCGGAUCCAACUACCAGAACGUGAGUUGAACUGGGUGCUUGGAGGAGGCUUAGUAGCUGGCUCGUUGACGCUGGUUGCAGGAAAUCCCGGAGUCGGCAAGAGCACGGAACGUGGAGUGUUGUAUGUCUCUGGUGAAGAGAGUGUGCUACAAGUGCGGAUGCGUGCAGAACGUCUCGGAUCAGUGAGUGACAGUCUCUUCGUGGCCAGCGAGACCAAUCUGGACUCGGUUUUCCAGUUACUAGAAGGAGGGAGCAGACGUGCUGUGGGUGACGAAGGUUAUCAUGGAUUUGGCGCUGUCGUGGUCGACUCCAUCCAAACUGUCUACGCAGAAGAUAUCCUUUCCCCCGCCGGCACCGUGAACCAAGUGAAAGAGUGCACUCUUCGCUUGCUCCGACUGGCCAAGUCGCGUAACGUGCCUGUGAUCCUGAUCGGGCACGUGACCAAAAGCGGCGAUAUCGCUGGUCCCAAGGUGCUCGAACAUAUCGUAGACACCGUAGUGCAGUUAGAAGGUGAUCCACAAAGUGCACGACGGUUUCUUCGCUGUCAGAAGAAUCGUUUCGGCAACACCAGUGAGGUCGGCGUGUUCAACAUGACGGACGAGGGUCUCCAGCCAUUGCCAAACCCUCUCACGGCCUUUGUGUCGUCUCAUGAUGAGGACGAUGAGAAUCCGGAGACCAGAGAAGAGACUGAGCUCGAACCACUUGACGGAUGCUCCGUUACUAUUGCCAUGGAAGGCAAACGCCCCAUCCCCCUUGAAAUCCAAGCUCUAGCGAACCGAACGCAAUACAACGCAGACACUGGACGGGGUGGAGCGCAGUCCUUCUCACGCCCAGCGCUGUUCUGGGUCGUCCUGUAUUGGAGCGCACCGCAUUCCUAG